GGUAAUUUCCAUGGAGAGUAUCCUGCGAAAGCGAUGGAUUAUUUGGCGAUUGCUGUGCACGAGUUAGCGCAGAUGAGUGAGCGAAGAUUAGAGCGAUUGGUGAAUCACGAGUUGAGUGGAUUGCCGACGUUUCUGGCGUGUGAUGGCGGUUUUAAUUCUGGUUUUAUGGUGGUUCAGCUGUGUUCUGCGUCGUUAGUAUCAGAAAAUAAAGUAUUAUGUCAUCCGGCAUCGGCCGAUAGUAUUCCGACGAGCUGUAGCCAAGAGGAUCACGUUAGUAUGGGGGCUUUUUCAGCCCGAAAGGCGUUGACUGUAGUGGAGAAUGUGGAGGGGGUUUUGGCAAUGGAACUGUUGGCAGCUUGCCAAGGAAUGGAAUUCUUAAAACCGUUGAAGAGUACAGCGCCAUUGCAGAAGGUGUACGAGUUGGUGAGGUCGGUGAGCGGACCAGUGCACGCAGACCGUUCAUUGCAGCCAGAUAUUAAAGCUGUUGCAGAGUUACUGCGUCAAGGAAAGGUAUGGGAAGUCGUGGAGCCUCACGUGACAACGAUGGCCGAUAUGGAGGUCUUAGACCCAGACGCCUUAAGAAAUACCUUUAAAACACCGACAGGGGCCGGGAUUGCGGGGGUGUAUGAUAGUGAUAACAAUAUUAAUAAUAAUAUUAAUAGUAAUAAUAAUAAUAAUGAUCCUAAUAAUAAUAUAAUGAUAACUUAA